AUGGCGCUUUUCCAGGUCAGUGGAUAUAAACCUUCCGAAAUUCGUAGGAAUAUUAUUCUCGGAGGACAGCUGGAACUCGUUGAUCGCCUCAACCACUUUUCCUUUAACACGAAAACACAAGAAUUUGCCGUUCCUGUGGGUGUGGACCCUUCCAGUUUUCUGAAGUCCUGCAACCAUGAGGGAGGUGUGAGUAUUGACCUGAACCACGGAACCACCACGCUGGCCUUCAAGUUCAGACACGGAGUCAUCGUGGCUGUGGACUCAAGAGCAUCAGCUGGCAGCUACAUCGAUUCAAAAGAUGCCAACAAAGUGAUAGAAAUCAACUCAUACCUACUGGGUACCAUGUCAGGCAGUGCUGCAGACUGCCAAUACUGGGAGCGGCUGCUAGCCAAAGAAUGCAGGCUGUACAGACUGAGAAACAACCACAGGAUCUCUGUGGCUGCUGCAUCCAAGCUGCUGUCUAACAUGAUGCUGGGCUACCGAGGAAUGGGCCUCUCCAUGGGAAGCAUGAUUUGUGGAUGGGACAAACAGGGUCCUGGUUUGUACUAUGUGAAUAAUGAUGGGACCCGUCUGUCUGGCCGAAUGUUCUCCACCGGCUGUGGGAACAGCUAUGCCUACGGCGUGGUGGACAGCGGUUACAGAGAGGACAUGACGGUAGAGGAGGCGUACGAACUUGGUCUGUACCACAUGCGGGAGGAUGGGUGGAUAAAGGUGUGCAUGGAUGACGUGUCGGAGUUGAUCCACCGCUACAGAAAGGGAAUGUUCUAG